AUGCCGUCUUCCACCCGCCUCCGCUCCACCUCCCGCCGCGUCAGGUCGCCCUUAUCACUCUCAGGCGCGGAGCCAACAGGCGUGGGCGCCGUAGACGGCAUCCCUGACACUACCCCAUUGACAACAGCACCACCAUCUGUAUCCGGCAUAUCAGUAUCCGAUGAAUUCCCUCCAACAACCGCAGCCAAGUCCACUUCACCCAACUCUGCCGCUGCAGCAGCAGCCACCAGCUCCACGCUUGAAGCAUGGGACUACGCCGAGACGGAGUGGUGGGGGUGGAUAAUCCUAGUCGUGACGUGGCUGGUCUUCGUGAUCGGGAUGGGCAGCUGUCUGGGCGUGUGGAGCUGGGCGUGGGAUGUCGGCGAGACGCCGUAUGCGCCGCCGGAGCUGGAGGACGAUCCCACGCUGCCGAUUGUAGGGUAUUAUCCGGCGCUGAUUAUCUUGACGGCGGUGAUGGCGUGGUGGGGAAGGGACCGCCCACCAACUGGGCAAUUUGAAGGGUAUUCUCCUCAGCAGAGUGGCACCCCUACGUUCAACUCUAGCACCUCGCCCUAUUUCCCGCAAUACAGCGGUCCGAGCGGUCCUAUGACUCCCCAAGGCGGUGCAGGACCUAGUCCCGGCGCUCGCGGCUGGGACCAGCAAGGAGCAGCAAACUUUGGUGGGGGACCUGGGAUGCCCUCUGCAGGAGGCUAUGGUCAACAGCUUCCAGGAGGUGCGGCCGGAUACGGCCGCGGACAGUCUACGCCGGUAUCAGGUUGGGCUCAGCCGAAUAGUGGAAGCUUCGGGAAUGGGUUUGGAGGAUAUCAACCUUGA